UAACGCGAUUAAAUUACUAGAUGGUUCGCAAGCGGCUAAAAAAAGAAAGUCAAUGUCAAUCCGUCGCAAAGCGUUAGUCGUCUGCUGACCGCCGAGCCGACUGGUACACGUCGAGUAUAUAGGAGGAUUCACUACCAGACCGUUUUUGUCUACCUACACUGCCACGCAGCUGCAGCUAUAUAGUAACCCCUUAGACAUUUUUUAAAGGAAAAAAUCAUGCCAAUCAAUUCCGAAGAAGGUUUCGCAACCAAAGCCAUCCAUGCGGGACAGGAUCCUCUGCAAUGGAACCACUGUGCGGUCGUCCCUCCGAUAGUUAUGUCCACAACGUUUCGUCAGGAUGGACCGGCUGAACAUAGGGGUUUUGAGUACGGCCGCAGCGGUAACCCGAGUCGGAACUGCUUGGAAGCCUGCCUGGCGAGUUUGGAGGGUGGAAAACACGGUCUGGUAUUUUCCUCCGGACUCGGCGCUACCACGACUCUCAUGUCGCUUCUCGAAGCCGGCGAUCAUGUUAUCUGCGGCGACGACGUAUAUGGCGGUACUAACCGAUUUUUCAAGCUCUGUGCUUCCAGGCAAAACAUCAAAACUUCGUUCGUCGAUGCUUCUAACACCGAGAACUUUAUCAAUGCUAUCCAACCGCACACCAAGAUGGUCUGGAUCGAAAGCCCAACGAACCCACUGCUCAAGUUGGCCGAUAUCCAAGCCAUAUGCGAGAAGACCAAGAGCAUUAGGCCCGACAUUUACAUCGUGGUUGAUAACACGUUCGUGACCUGCUAUUUCCAAAGGCCACUGGAACUCGGUGCGGACAUUGUCGUGUACUCCUUGACCAAGUACAUGAACGGCCACUCAGACGUAAUAAUGGGCUCCGCCAUCACGAGACGAGACGACAUCGGCGAAAAACUGCGCUUCACGCAAAAUGCAAUGGGUAUUGUGCCGUCGCCGUUCGAUUGCGCAAUGGUGAACAGAAGUCUCAAGACUCUAGAGCUUAGGAUGCAGCAGCACUCCAAGAACGGACUUGCCGUUGCCAAAUUCUUGGAAGAUCAUCCUGUGGUCACGAAAGUCUUCCAUCCCUAUCUUCCCUCUCAUCCACAACACGAGCUGGCUCUCAGACAGAUGACAGGUCACAGUGGCGUGAUUUCAUUCUAUCACAAAGGAGAUUCAAAUAAAUUAUUGAAGGCUCUCAAGAUAUUUUUCCUAGCCGAAUCUCUUGGAGGAUACGAGUCUCUAGCUGAACUACCUUCCGUUAUGACUCAUGCGUCGGUGCCGGAGGAAGAACGAGCAAAGCUCGGAAUCAACGAUCAGCUCAUCCGACUAUCCGUUGGAAUCGAGACUGUGAAGGAUCUCAUCGCUGAUUUGGAUCAAGCCUUGAAGGCUUCACUUCUGUAACAUUUUUUAAACUUUCUCAUUUAUCAAAAUCAAUUCUCUUGAACAUUUGGCGAUGCUGCACAUUUAUCUAGCAUCAACGUUCAGUUACUAGCUAAUUUUAGGUGAACAUGCUGUUCAAUCACUUCCAAUAUGAUUCAUACUGAAUUUUUGAGAAGAUACCUCAAUAUAAAUUAUUUAUUAUCUGUUAUCUUGUAUACAGUAUAUGUUUAACACCAAGCUUGAUCAUGUGAAUUCAAUAAAAAUACUUUAUUUUAAAAAAAAAAACAUGCACUUAGAAUAAAAACAAGUUAUAUUUUCUA